AUGGCAAAUUAUGAAACCGGAGAAGAAACCGAGGUGUGGUUCAUCGAUUCAUUUGAGGAAUGGCGCAAAGCAAAAAAUCUUAGCAACUUCAUUUUACUGGGGCAUUCUUUUGGAGGAUACGUUGCUGCUAAAUAUGCUCUGAAGUAUCCUGAGCACAUCCAACACUUGAUUUUAGUGGGAUCUGCUGGAUUUAGUUCAGAAACAGAGCACAUGUCUGAGCGGCUUGCCCAGUUUAGAUCAACAUGGAAAGGAGCCAUUGCUAAUCAUUUAUGGGAAUCCAAUUUUACUCCGCAAAAGAUUAUUAGAGGUCUAGGUCCUUUUGGUCCAGAUCUGGUUCGCAGAUAUACUAGUGCAAGAUUUGGUUCAUAUUCAGAGGGAAACUUAUUAACUGAGGAGGAAUCAAGAUUACUUACAGAUUAUGUGUAUCAUACUCUGGCGGCUAAAGCUAGUGGAGAACUGUGCUUAAAAUAUAUAUUCUCCUUUGGAGCCUUUGCACGGAUGCCUCUUUUACAUCGUGCAUCGGAGUGGAAGGUGCCAACAACAUUCAUAUAUGGUUUCCAUGAUUGGAUGAGUUACGAAGGAGCGCAAGAAGCUCGAAAGCAAAUGAAGGUCCCGAGCGAGAUAAUAAGGGUCCCUCAGGGUGGUCACUUUGUAUUCAUAGACAACCCAGCUGCUUUUCAUUCAGCUGUAUUAUAUGCUUGCCGUAAGUUUACUUCACCUGACCAGGACAACAUCUCACUCCCAGACGGACUGGAAUCUGUCUGA